AUGGCUCGCCGCCCUUAUAAAAAGGCCCUCGCGGAGAGAGCUCACGCAGUUCUCGGCGGGCAGGCGCCCGAGUGGGCAGUCUUCAAAAUGACUGCCCCCCCGCCACAUAUUAAUAUUACCACUGUGGGGCCCGGGUUAAAUUUAACAAAUCCAAACGGUACGACAAAAUCGGAAAUUUGUCUUUUUGAAUCGGUUUCGGAACAAAUUGCAAACGGCCUAAACGUCUACUAUAUACCGAUCCUUGUUUUACUCGGCGCUAUCGGAAACCUUCUGUCCGUGUACGUGUUUUACAAAACAAAACUUCGGCUACAAUCGACGAGUCAAUAUUUAUCGGCACUGGCAAUUUCGGACACCCUUUUUCUCCUACAACUGAUACCACCAUGGCUCAACGCGGUGCAUUUCUCGGAUCUGUUUCAUCGACAAGGCUUCUGUCAAAUAUUCGUAUAUAUUUCGUAUGUGACUUGCACCUUCAGCGCCUGGAUAGUGGUUGCAUUUACGAUCGAAAGGUUCAUGGCAGUUCUGCACCCGCUCCAAUGUAACGUAAUUUGUACCGUGCGACGAUCCCGAUAUGUGAUAACGGCCAUCGCUCUUUUUUCACUGCUCUUGAAUAUACCCGUGCUACGAUUUGUGACACCGACGCCUACGGACUGCAAUAUCGACUUUGAAUAUCUUGCGCAUGCCGCACGCUUCAACAUUGUUGAUACGGUGGCAUCAUUCACAGUCCCUCUUGCAGUCAUAUUCGUCCUGAAUGUCCGAAUCGUAGUAGGGAUAUAUCGCAUAGAGCGUGAACGGCGGGAGUACACGAGAGCGGAGCAUUUGGCGGCCUUCACCAACCAGAUCCAGCCUCAGCGGCCCUUGGGCUAUCCACGGUCACAAACACGCGUCACAAAAAUGCUUCUCAUCGUGUCUUCGGUCUAUGUCGGCUUGAACGUGCCUGCCUACACCAUGCGCGUCAUAGCCUACGCUUUCAAUCUGAAUCAACGCGAAAGCACCGGCAGUUGGGCAGCUCUACAACAAAUCGCGCUAAUAUUCUUCAACACAAACUUCGGCAUCAAUUUCACGCUGUACUGUCUGAGCGGGCAGAACUUCCGAAGGGCGGUCAAGAACAUCCUGCCCACGUUUAGAAAAAGAACUCGCCGCGCUAUCACCCUGAGAGAACUGUCGCCUAACCAAGCGCCCGGCGGCAGCGCCACAACCUCCUUCAUCAGUAACGACGGGGCGGGCACUAGUGGUGUACAGGCAACGGCUCGACAUCGCCGUAACGACCAAUACAUCACGAGAUGGACGUUCGAUAAUAGCCGACAGCGCCGUUUGCAGGCCAACAGCGGCAACUCAGAGACCAUCGAACUGAGACGGAUCGCUCCCCCGCAAGUCCAUCACGGCGUACGGUAUUUGGAUCCAUCACUUAGAUCAGGACGACUCGCAAACAACAACAAGUAA